AACGACGACUUCCCCGUCGAGGGGCUGAGCGUGCCUACCAUAGAUGGCAGACUACCAGGGGAGGGGGAAAGGGAUAAAUACCCAGGUAUAUUGGGGAGUUGCCCUCGGUCGGAUGCAGACAAUGAUCCAGCUAACCUCGAAGUUGCCCACCAUCGAUCAGUACCGGUUGUCUCGUCACCAUGUAUCUCUGGCACAGCGGCUUCGUCUGUGCCGUCCAGCUCUUCCCGUCGGUCCUCGCGGCAUCGGUCGCUCCGAGACUUGACAACAACUGCCCGACGACGCAGUGCAAGGCCGUUCCCGGAACGCCGGGCUGGCCCUCGGCGCGGGACUGGGCCGCACUCAAUGAGUCCCUUGCCGGAAGACUGCUGCAGCCGCCUCCUCCAGGAGCUGUCUGCCAUCCCGGAGAGGAGUCCUACGACGCCACAGAGUGUUCCGCCGUCCGCGCAGCAUGGUCAAGCUACGAAUUCCACGCGGCCAACCCCAUCUCGGCCGACUGGAACCAGUGGACCAACGAGUCAUGCCUUCCACAGGAGGGUGCUCCAUGCAGCGGUAAAGGGUAUCCUGUCUUCGUUAUAAACGCUACCGAAGCCCGCCAUGUCCAGCUCGGCGUGCAGUUUGCGAGGGAACACAAUGUUAGGCUGAUAGUGAAGAGCACCGGUCAUGACUUCAUCGGCCGCUCAAGCGCGCCCAACUCCCUCUCCAUCUGGACGCAUAACAUGAAGGAUAUCAGGACUCAUGAUUCAUUCCGCCCUAGCCGCUGCAACAUCACCAUUGAGGGUCCGGCCGUCACAGUUGGUGCCGGUGCCGAGAUGUGGGAUGUAUACAGCGCGCUCGACCGCCUCAACCAGACCGUCGUCGGCGGCGGGGGCAAGACCGUCUCCGUGGGUGGUUACCUGACGGGUGCCGGCCACAGUCUGCUCUCGCCCAGGUAUGGCCUUGCAGCGGACCAAGUGCUCGAGAUGGAAGUCGUAACUCCGACGGGCGAGAUUGUCACGGCCAACGAGUGCCAGAACGAGGAUCUGUUCUGGGCCAUGCGUGGUGGCGGCGGCUCGACCUUCGGAGUCAUGACCUCGGUCACCAUGAAGACGUACCCGAGCCCGAAGAUCGAGUCAGUUCUCGUAGGCAUCGUGACCACGGACGUCGCCAACCCGCGCGCCAUCUUCGACAUGACCGCCUACGUGCUCGGCCAAUUCCCCUCGCUCGGCGACCAGGGGCUCUCGGGGUACGCGUACUUCUCCCCCGGCAUUCUCAGCACCUUGCCCGGCACCAGCAACAUCACCGUUGCAGGUUUCGCCAUGUACGGCGCCCUGCAAGACACCACGCCCGAGGCGAUGCGCGCGCUCUGGGAUCCCAUCUUCACGCGCGUCAACGAAACCUGGCCGGGCCUGUUCCAGCAGCUGUACCUGCCCAAGAGCUAUCCGUCCUUCUUGGCCUACUUCACCGAGAAACACGACCAGACCCCGGCUGGGCUGAACGAAUACAUCGGCUCGCGCCUGCUCGACCGGGAUGCACUCACAUCCGACCUGGCCAAAAGCUCGGCCGCGUUCGAGCGCUUCAGCAAUGGCUCCGCCGCUACGGCGUUUCUGGUUUCGGGCAAGGGCGUGUUCAAUGCGAAGCCGAGAGGCCGUGGCGGGAAUGCCGUCCUGCCGGCCUGGAGAAAGGCUUAUGUCCAUGCCACCCUUGGCGUGAUAGCACCCCCACUGGACCCCGCCGGCCAUGCCGCAGCGCGGAAGCAGGUGCAAUACCGUGUCCAAGGCCUGAGAGAACUGGCGCCGCACAUGGGCGCCUACAUGAACGAGGCCGCCUCCGACGAGCCGAACUACCAACACGAGUUCUGGGGCUCCCACUACGAGCGACUCCUCCGCAUCAAACGCGCCGUCGAUCCAGACGACGUCCUCUGGUGCAACCCGUGCGUGGGCAACGAGCGCUGGAAAGAGGAGGCGGGCGACCGCCUGUGCCGUGUUUACGGAGACCAGGGCCACUAAAAGCAUCAGCGGAGACCGUUCGUUCGUCUUGCAUGUCCUCCCGUCCGGGCACAGAAAACAGCGUGUGUGAUGGGGAUUGCUCUGUCUUCAUUCUCACUGGGUCGAGUACUAGCCCUAGAAAGUAGAGUUUGCUACUGCUUUUUAAUAGAUACAGUGUACACUACCUAGUCUAGCGUAAUUGGAAAAUAUUAUAUACCUGAAAA